AUGGCAGCGACCACGACGCUCCCUAGCAAGCAGUCGGCGCUCAAGAUUACUGGGCCCAGUACUGUCGCAGUGUCUAUAGACACACCCCUACCCAAGCUCCAGCCGGCGGAUGUCUUGGUCCGCGUGGCGUGCGUGUCUCUUAGCCCAGUGGACAGCAAGUCGGCCGACAUGUCGCCCGCGACGGGGGCGACAAGCGGAACUGAAUUUGCAGGAGUCGUCGUCCAGCUUGGCGCCGAUGUUGACGCAGACGAAUUCCGCAAGGAGAGGAACAUGAAGCAGCUCUGCGUUGGUGACAAGGUCGUGGGCGGCAUCUUCGGCAACAACCCGCUGCGGCGCGACAAUGGCGCCUUUGCCGAGUUUGUCGCCGUACCCGCGCGUCUGGUCUGGCAUGUACCGGCUGCCAUGGAUCUCGCUACAGCCGCCACCCUCCCGGCCGCUGUGGCCACCGUCGGGCUCUCGCUCUUCGAACACAUGGGGCUGCCCAUGCCCUCGGAGCUCCCAGCCGCCCCCCGGUCCUCGUCCUCGCCCUGGGUGCUCAUCCAUGGCGGCGGCACGGCCACAGGCUCCAUGGCUAUCCAGGUGCUCCGUCUCAGCGGCUUCCGCAUCGUGACGACGUGCUCGCCCGAUAGCGCGCCGCGUGCCCUCCGCCUGGGUGCCGCCGCCACCUUCGACUACCGCUCGCCCGACUGCGGCGCGGCAGUGCGCGCACACACGGCGGAUGCCCUGGGACUUGCGCUCGACUGCAUCACCGACACUACCUCCAUGGCUCUGUGUUACGAGGCCCUGGGCCUCGCCGGCGGCCGCUAUGUGGCACUCGACUCGUUCCCGCUGCGCGGUCACACGCGCCGGGCCGUCCGGCCUGACUGGGUCUGCACCUACACGCAGUUUGGCGAACCUGUCGCCUGGGCGCCCCCCUACAACCUCGACGCCCGCCCCGGCCACCGCCGCUGCGCCGAGGCCUGGUACGCCCUCGCCCAGCGCCUGUUGGACCUGGGUCUGCUUGAGCCCCACCCCAAGGAGGAGCGCGCCGGUGGGCUGGCGGCCGUUGCGCAGGGCAUGCACGAGGUGCGCCAGGGUCUGGUGAGGGGCAAGAAGCUGGUCUACCCCAUUGUACCCGAGUUGUGUGUUUCUGCAUAA